CUCAUAUUUCUGCUUGACAUGUUUCAAUGUUUGCACAUCUUCACCUCCCUAAGUAUCCUCCAGCCAUAGUCACAAACCGAUCAUCAACUCUCGAAAACCCCUGCUACAACCCCAAGCUCAUAGUUGUAUUCCUCUCACCCAUACGGACCAAGUCAGACGAACCUACAAGAGCCUCGCCCACUCCCUCUCCUCCACCGAAACCUGCACCAACAACCCAAACCGAUCCAACCGACACCCGACCCUGAGCACAUCCUUCGCUGCCAGCACCGGCGCAGGCCGCGGGAUCUGGUUCUUCGCGUAGACCGCAUCCGCCGUCAGCAGCGCCAGCUGACUCGGCCGCCUGGAGUCAU